AUCGUGCGGUAAAAUGGGGGAGGGCGACUGCGUCCCGCACGGAGGGAGUCACCAGCGCCGUCCUCCAUUCGCCUCGCCCUCCACCGCAUCUCCGCCAGCGCCUUCCGCGCGGCCGCGGGAAGAAACUGCCGGGGAGGGGAAAGCGACGGCCGCCGUUGGGUCGCCGGUGGGGGAGGGCCUAGCGGAUGCGGCGGGCCGUGGGCGAGCAGAUCUGGAAGAGGGGCGGCGGGGCCAGAUCGGCGGGACGCGCAGGAGCGGCGGACGCGGCUCGGUCGGCAGCGGCCUUGCGCUCGAGGGCCGCCGGGGGGCGUCUGGGGCCUGCGCACGGGGAGAAGGAAGUCCCGGCCGGCGUCCUCCAUCCCCUUCUGCGCGGGCGCAGGAGGAAGCAGCCGAGCGGAGUCCCCGGCGCGCGGCGGAUCUGGAGGACUGUGGCAGUUCGUCCUUCGGGGCCGGCCGAGGGGAAGGCGAGAGUGACUCUCGGCCGUCAUCUGCAAAGGGAGGGGGCAGCGGCGAAGGGAGACGAAAGAGGCGGCGGUCAGCACGCGCUCGACGGCGGUUCAUCUCCAGAUCCGCCGACAUCCCGUCUUCCUCGAAGCGGCGCCGGAGGGGAAGGUUCUUUUGUGCAUUUGACCCAAGGUUGAGCAACAUCCUUCCUGCCAUGAUAUUUGUGAUGGCUGUAAUUUCAGUUAUACACACAUGAUCUAAUCGAAAAUGCGUUGACUUUUUAUACUGCUAGUUACCUGAUUGUUUGCUGUUCAAGUAGGAAUUUAUGUCAUAGGUUUUCUGAUCGUUUGUUUGUUGGAGUAGUAUUUAUUUUGAAAAGGAUGAGCAGUUGGUUCGACACUGU